AUGGUGGGCCCGUUGCGAAUACGGUCCAGCAUAGCUUGCGCAAGAUGCAGACGCUCCAAGAUCAAGUGCGAGAACACUGGCCGCCUAGAUGCGCCCUGCGAGAACUGCAUCAAGAGUCGGAAAGAAUGUGUGUGGCCGAUGCCCGCCCCGUCGCCACUGAAGAGACCCGAUCCACCUUCCGCACCUCGGGAUUCACGGGAGACUGCGACACCUCAUUCCGGACAGAAAAGGCCGAGACGGGCGACCCACACGCGGAUGGAUGGGGCUCUCCGUUCCGAUGACAUUGACAUCGUCCGUCGUAUUGACAGAACGCUGUGGGACAAGGCUCUGGUCACAUUUCAGCGUCAUUUCGCCACAGAGCUCUCAUUCCUACAUGUUCCGACUCUCAAGAACAGGAUAUACGACUUGACAACCGGCCACGCGUCGGUAGCAUUCGAUACCCAACUAGUCCUUCUCGGUCUUCUGGCAUUAACCGGGAGAUACCACGGAGAGCUCGCCGAUUACUUCGACAACGGCUCUGGAGAAGUCUCAUAUGAUUCCAGUCUUGGGGACCAAGGUAUUUCCGAAGCUUUUGCAAGAACGUUGGAUAAGUCUCUGGGCUCGUUCGCAUCGGCAUGUUCCAUCGGAUCAGUUGAGCGUGUGCAAGCCUUACUCAUGCUUGGUCUCUACGAAUGGAUCUCGCCAAAUCACGAGGGCCUCCGGGCUUGGAUGUUAGUCGGUUCGGCUGGACGGAUGGCGCAGGCACUCAAGCUGGGAUACGAGGCCAAUUACAGCACAGCGAACCACUCCGACGCAACACUUGAAGACGCUAUCGUUGACCGCGAGGUUAGGCGCAGGACUAUGUUCAGCUGCUUCAUCUUCGAUCGACUUAUCUCUUGUGGCAAAGAACGACCAUCAUUCAUCCGAUCAGAUGACCUUCACGUGCGAUUACCCUGCGCCAAAGAGGACUUCGACUUAAGCCGCCAGACUAGCACGGAAUGGUUCUCCGGUGAUGUGGACUCGUCGUCGCUGCAUGAUGAAACUAGCAUCUUGGGUCGAUUUGUCCAACUAGUCGACCUAUGGGGUCGCAUAUCUCAGUAUUCUAGUGCUGGCGGUCGGUUCUUGGACAAGCAACGUCCUCCCUGGAACCCCGAGUCUCUUUUUUUUCAACUACGUCGAGAAGCAGACGCCUUUAGUAAGACUCUCGAAGCUCCAGGAACCUUUCUGAGCCUCAGUCCUUCAAACUACUUCCGCCAUGAGAGCACGUCCAGCACAUACAUCAUUCUUCAUCUUCUAAUGUCUCUUUGCAAGAUAAUGCUUCAUCGGCAAUAUCUACCCUUCAUUCCAAUCAAAUGUACCAGACCAUCUGGUCCCUUGGAUGAGCCUACAUUUCCACCGGAGGAGGUUCCUCCGGGUUUUUGGGAAGAAAGCGCUCGAGAGCUUUUCGGGGCCAGCAAGACGGUCGCCAACGUGAUUGAACUAUGCGAGGAUCGCCUUCCACAUUCUCCUCUUGUAGCCUUCGUCAUCUACACUGCUUCUUUCACCGGAGUCUACGCACAACAUUUCCCUCGCAUGGACACAGAAGCCUAUCUAUGUAGCCGAUCCAGCGACCAAGACGAAGUGGCCGAGAAUCAACCCAUCAGUGCUUCGUUCGGCCCAACAAAAGUAAUGUUCGACACGCUUUCAGAACUUGCCAGAUAUUCAGGGGUUGCAGCAGCGUUCGUCGCGAGGUUUUACGAAGUAGAUCAGUACUUCUCUUCCAUGGUUCAGGAUUACCACCGCAACCUCCGACAUCGCACCACUUCUCAACAGUCGGGCGAGAGGCUAAGCAUUCGGAUGGGAGGCGACACAGGCGGGCUGGAGGAGUGGGUGGUGAAAUCGGAUAGAAUUGUCAGUAACAGCUCCAUUAUCAGAGAAACCGAGCCGACGGGCCAUCCCACGCAACCCGAUGCGCGAGGGGUCGAAUCGCUCGUUCCGAGCCAUCAUCGGAACAACAGCCGCAAUGCCACAAGCACAACAUUCCGAACCCCUCCGGGAGAACAGUCUUCUGUUGGUGGCCGCGCAAACAUUCAGAUUAUUCCACCACCAAACGAUGAAAGGACAGUUGGGACGAGUGGGCAAAUGCAGUCUCCUCCUUUGUCUUCGGCGCCAUCACAUAUCGCUGGUGUUGACCCUUUACUCUUGGAAGGUGGAGACGAUUGGAGUUGGGCGUUUCUUAAUGAUAUGUACUUGGGCACAUCUUCUCAUCUCCACUACUCCGCCAUCUCAAUCGCCAUCAUGCAGUUCUUCCAGAUUGCCUCCAUCCUCGCCGUCAUGGCCUCCUCCGUCUCCGCCGCGGUCACCGUCGGUUCCGCUUGCGAGGGUGCCGGCUACGAGUGUGUUUCCGGAAACGCGGCCAUUGCCUCUUGCGACGGCGCUAAGUGGCAGCUCGCUGCCAACUGCGGAGGCUGCUCCGACGCCUGCGUCAAGCCUGAUGCUGGCGCCCCUUACUGCAAGUGCUAA